AUGGCACGCGAAACUGAAGACUACGGCGGUGCAGUACUCGGUGAACUGCACGACCAGCGAGAGACCAUCCUACGCGUGGGAGAUGUGCUUGACGAUACGAGCUCGAAUCUCUACAGAAGUGAUAGGACGCUGCGAGGCAUGCUGAGGAGGGCGUGGGUGAACCAUAUGAUGUACUACAUCAUCAUUGCUGUGAUACUCCUCAUCGUCUUCAUCAUAUUAUAUCUGAAGCUAAGCUAG